CUCUGAUUCCCUCAGUCAAAAUAAAAAAUCUUCAUUCCAAUAAAAUCCAGCCAAAAUAACAAAAUUUCCACAGAUGCUGGAAAUCUUACAUGCCAUUCGGUAUGAACAUUAGAGUCUUUUUUUAAAGGAAAAUACAAAGCUGAACAACAAACACACCAAAGUAACAGCCUUCAUUGCCAAAAUCCUCAUUUCUCUGCUGCACAAUUCACCAGGUGAGACCCAGGUAGACUAACAACCACCUAUCAAGUGUUAACCUAUCCCAAUAUACAGACCAAGAAAAUCAAAGAAAUUCUGAAGUAACAAUCUUGCAAUCAUGUUAAAUGUCAGAUAACACAACUCAUUAAUUAUUCUAAUUGUUGGCCCCUAUUGUAAAUUCUCUUAUGUAGUGUACCUGCCUACCUGGCAGACCCUUUUUUUUUUUAUGUGCCUCUCAAGACCAAACAUUUAACAGCAGUAGUCACAUAUAGCUAAAACCUUUCUAGAUCUAAAAUAACAGCACUGCACCAAUGACUUGACAUAAAAAGAGCAGGAAGAUACAUGAACUAAAAUGAUUUUUUCAUUAGUAGUAUCAUGAUGUGGAAUAAGCAUGUGUGCAGGCAUUGAAUGCUGUCCACCAAAAACAAUGCAUAAGCUUGUGCACGUGAAGUCCACCCAUUUACCAUACCGAAAACACACAUACAAACACAUAGAAGAGGAAAAGGGUUGGUGACUGAAAUUAUGAAAGACAAAUACAAUCUUUUCAUGCAGGCUCACAAACUUCUGGAUUAGAGCCAUUCUUAACAGUUAAUUUAAUAAAGGAGAAAUGAUGGAAUCAAAGUCCAGCACUGACCCUAGAAUUGAAAGACUAACAGCUACAGGCCUAAAAAUUCAACCCACAAGUCUUAAAAAUGGAAGUUUUAAGUCAAUGACAAUAAGAAAUCCAUUCUUGCCUGCUAUUCAUGAAUUUUGUUCAAACCAACAUCCUAUGAAGUGUAAUCAACACAUUCAGUGAUUUUAAAUUCAUAUAAAGAAAAUUUAGCACUUGAAAAGGACUUCUGCUCUUUCAAUGGACCAUGAAUAUGCAUCUUUGACAGGAUAUUAACUGUUAGAGAGACCUAAUCUAACGGAUGUCAAAAUGUUAGCAGGACACUACUGA